GGAAGGAAGCGAGAGAGGAUGGAGAAGGGGGUAGGAGGAAGGGUGGCGGUGCUGAUGGUGGUGGUGGCGGCGGCGGCGGCGAUGGUGGGGAUGGGAGGAAGAGGUGUGAGCGCCCAGGGUACUUCCACAUGCGUCAACGAUCUGGUGGUGUGCCAGAAGGACAUCUCCAAUGCGUCGACGAAGCCGGAUAGCAAAUGCUGCAGCGCCCUCAACAACGCGGUGAGCAAGGAGCUCUCCUGCCUCUGUGACCUCUACAAACAAGACACUAUCUUUCAAACUCUCGGACUCAACAAGACGAGAGCGAUGGAGUUGCCUGGACUCUGCGGCAUCAAAGCCGGUCUCAGCCUCUGCAACACUACUUCGGCUACUCCUCCAUCAUCCGCAACUCCGUCUCCCUCAUCUACCCCUGGAGCCGGUUCAGGUUCGAACAGUAGCAGCGGAGCUACGAAGUUGGGAUGGGGCGUGACGCCAUGGUGGGCGCUCGUGUUACUGCCCGCAUCACUUAUUGGACUCUGAGUUCCUUCUUCUUUGAGAUGCUUUCGUUGUCGGUGGUUUCGCUCUGGAGUCUUUGCCUCUGUUCCGUGUCUCUUUCUCCUGCACUUGCCUUCCUUUUUCUGCUACUGUUUCUUCCUGUAAUGCAUUAUGGCGAGCGGUGGCUCGUCUUAAUUUAAUAGUCAUAUCUUGUUUCAGAAUGAAUUCUGCGGAUUGGCAGUUUCUGCUUGCA